AGUCCGGGUUACAAACAGGAGCACGGCGGUGAAGAAGCGUGCUGAAACCGGGGGGGAGAGGAGGCGGGACCGCCCGGAGACCGCCGCUCGGCCCCCGCCUGCCCGCUGAGAUGGCUGUCCGGUGCGGGCUGUAGGAGCCUCCUGCGGCGGGACUGAAGAGGAUGGGCCCAGCCUCCCCGUACCUGAGGAGAUGUCUCUGGGUCGGCUCCUGCGACGCGCCUCCUCCAAGGCCUCCGACCUCCUGACCUUUAACCCCGGGGCCGGGGGCUCGUCGAUACGCUCCGGCCUGGAUGGCGAGAUCAUCUUCUCCAAGAACAAUGUUUGCGUGCACCCAGCCGAGCCCCUCCCCGGCCUGCCUGAGCACCACCCAGGUUACCUGUGUGUGCACGUGGAGAAGGACGAGAGCCUGGGCACCACUCUGAUCCUGACCUGGGUGCCCAAUUCCCGGAUCCAGAGGCAGGACGAGGAGGCGCUGCGGUACAUCACCCCAGAGAGUUCCCCCGUGCGCAGGAACGCCCGCCGCAGAGGCCGCCGACCCCACUCCCGCCCCCCAGCAGCCCAGGAGGAAGACGAGGACGAGGAGCGGCUCAUUGCCAGCAGCAGCUCUGCAGAAGGCCACAGCCUGGUGGUGGAGGCUGCUGGGGAUCCCUCCACCCACCCUGCACCGCCGCCGCCGCCGCCCUCAGCCGAGGAAGGCGACGAGGGCUCCUGUGAGCUGUCGGACGAAGUGAGCCGGGACAGCACCAUGGGCUCCGACUCCGACACCUUCUCCUCCCCGUUCUGCCUGUCCCCCGUCAGCGAGGCGCUUUGUGAGAGCAGCAGCUCCGUCUUCCUGGACAACGAGAGCAGGGAGCUCUGUGAGGAGUCCAUGAACCACUCGGCCAGCUCGGCCUCCAGCCUGGACAGCCAUGCCCCCUCUGAGGGCACCGGUCAGUCGCAGGGCAUGCGCUGGGAGGAGCAGCAGAAGGUGCUGGCGCUGGAGCAGCUGUGCGGGGUUUUCCGGGUGGACCUGGGUCACAUGAGGUCGCUGAGACUCUUCUUCAGCGAUGAAGCGUGUACGAGCGGCCAGCUGGUGAUCGCCAGCAGAGAGAGCCAAUACAAGAUCCUCCACUUCCAUCACGCGGGGCUGGACAAGCUGGCCGAGGUCUUCCAGCAGUGGAAGUGCUGCCGAGAAACUCAGCUGAAAGACCAGGUGUCGGACGAGAAGUCCUGCAUGCAGUUUUCCAUCCAGAGGCCCACCCUGCCAUCGGCCGAGACCCACCCAGAGGAGAGGCUCUAUCGCCGGCUGGACGUCACCAUCUGGCUCCGUCACCUCAACCACAACGGGCAGGUGGAGGAGGAAUAUAAGCUCCGUAAGGCCAUCUUUUUUGGCGGCAUCGACCCAUCCAUACGAGGCGAGGUGUGGCCUUUCCUGCUGCACUACUACAGCUACGACUCCACUUCCCAGGAGAGGGAAGCCUGGAGGCUGCAGAAGCGCUCCCACUACCACGACGUUCAGCAGAGGAGGUUGUCCAUGAGCCCAGAGGAGCACAGUGAGUUCUGGAGAAAGGUCCAGUUCACAGUGGAUAAAGACGUGGUGAGGACGGACCGCAGCAACCACUUCUUCAGAGGAGAGAACAACCCAAAUGUGGAGAUCAUGAGGCGAAUUCUGCUCAACUAUGCAGUGUUUAAUCCCGACAUGGGUUACUGCCAGGGCAUGUCCGACCUGGUGGCCCCGCUGCUCACCGAGGUCCAGGAUGAAAGCGACACCUUCUGGUGCUUCGUGGGCCUCAUGGAGAACACCAUCUUCAUCAGCUCCCCGCGGGACGAAGACAUGGAGAAGCAGCUGAUGUACCUGCGGGAGCUGCUGCGCCUCAUGCUGCCCCGCUUCCACCAUCACCUGACCCGGCUGGGGGAGGACGGCCUCCAGCUGCUCUUCUGCCACCGCUGGAUCCUGCUGUGCUUCAAGCGGGAGUUCCCCGACACCGAGGCCCUGCGCAUGUGGGAGGCCUGCUGGGCGCACUACCAGACGGACUACUUCCACCUGUUCCUUUGUGUGGCCAUCAUCGUUCUGUAUGGUGAGGAUGUGACAGAACAGCAGCUCGCCACUGACCAAAUGCUGCUCCACUUCAGCAACCUCUCCAUGCACAUGAAUGGAGAGCUGGUGCUCCGGAAGGCCCGUAGCCUUCUCUACCAGUUCCGCCUCCUACCCAGGAUCCCUUGCAGCCUGCACGACCUCUGUAAACUGUGCGGCCCGGGCAUGUGGGACAGUCGCUACAUCCCCACCGUGGAGUGUUCGGGCGAACACCCGGACUCCCAAAGCUGCCCCUAUGGAGGCACCUCCACGCCCCAGCCCUCGUCCCCCUCCCCGGCGACCACGCCCUCGCCCAACUCCACGCCGACGCCUCCGCCCGAGGGCAAGAGAGGCUCCAAAACCCGGGACAUUUUCACCUUUCGGAAACACACCUGACGUGAAGCUUUCAGGGAGCGUUGAAUGUUUUUUUUUUUUCGUUUUUCAGGCUGAUG